GCGAAGACAGCGGAGCAGCGAGAGGGAGAAGGAGAGGCUGAAAACCGGGAACCGAAGCGCUACAAUCACCGUCACCGCUGCUACUACUACUACCGCAGCUAGCACCGACACAUUGCUGCUCCCGCCGCCGCCCUGGGUGCCCCCCGCCGCCGCCAUGGGAACUCCGCAUCAGUCGCUCCAACCGCCGCUUUGUCCGUGGGCCAUGUCGUGAUCCGUGGGCUCCGCAAGCGGGUUUUCUCUCCGUGAUCCCGACCGAGGCGAGGAGGCGAAAGGGAGGAAGAGGAGGAGGAGGGAGGGGAGGAAAGUGGUGGUGGUGGGGAAGAUGUUCGCCUCGGUGGGGCCUCGGGGCGCCCCUCGCCCACCCGUCGCCCCGGCCAUCCCGGAACCGGACCUGAGCCAUCUGACGGAGGACGAGAGGAAGAUCAUCAUGGCUGUGCUGGCUCGGCAACGGGAGGAGGAGGCGAAGGAGGAUGCCAUGUUAAAAGAAGAGAAGCCUAUCCAAGCAAGAACGGUGAACCUGGUUGGGCAGAAGAAACCUCCGCAACAAAAUGAUGUCCGAGGUAUCCAGCAGCAGUUGUCCAGCUACAGGGAGACGGUGAUCCGGCAGGCCACGGUGGCGGCGGGCUCGACCGUUCACCGGGACGACGCCCCAACCUGCGGCAUCUGCCACAAGACCAAGUUUGCAGACGGCUGCGGGAACCUGUGCUCGUACUGCCAGACCAAGUUCUGCGCCCGCUGCGGGGGGCGAGUGUCGCUGCGGUCCAACACGGAGGACAAAGUGGUGAUCUGGGUGUGUAAUAACUGCCGGAAGCAGCAGGAGAUCCUGACCAAGCCAGGCGAGUGGUUCACAGGUCCGGAUGGGAACCCUGCUGGCCUCGGGUCAGCCGUCAGCGAGCCGUCUGUGUGCCAAAAGCUUCGGUCUCGCUCCCAAGUGCCCUCCACAAUCCAAGACCCCAACCGACCCCACGCCCCUGGGACCGAACCUGGCAUCGACCCCCGAUCCCGCAGCGAACCACCGCGAGACACGAGAAAUGGCCGGGGAGGCGGAGCUGGUCGGGGGGAGCGGCGGGCCGUCCAGCCCAGGCUGCAGACCCAGGUCUCCAUGGACCGGGACCUCCGGGGGGAGUCCAGAGAGCGCAGGGAGAGCCGGCGGCUGACCAAGGGACGCUCUCUGGAGCACGAUCCUGUGGGAGAAGGUUUAAGACGGACAGAAGAGGGGGGCUACCACCACAUGGACCACAGCGGUGCCCCCCCUCGCAAAGCAGGCCCGGUCCCUCCUGGAGGCCGGGGCCACCCUGUGCCCAUGCAGGGCCGUGGCAUGGGCGUAGCAGGGGGGGAGGUUGGGGAGGGUGUACGGCCUGGUAAGAGGACGGCGGGUGGGGUUGGAGGGCCACAUGAACACACCCUUGCUCAGCAGCCCCCUCCCCCUGAACUCAGAGAGCCUCCUGGUUUGGGCCCUGGCUCGACCCCCGGCCAGGGGCCCGUAGGGAGACGGACCAAACGGGAGAAGGCUGAGAGCAUGCUGCGUAAUGAUUCGCUGAGUUCUGACCAAUCAGAAUCACUGCGUCCGCCCCCUCCAAGACCCUACAAGUCGAAACGAGGGCUUGGGGCGGGGGGGAAGAGGCAGACCAGCGUCAGCAGCUCAGAGGAGGAGGGGGGGACCACGCCGGAGUACAGCAGCUGUGAGGACGCAGAGAUUGAAAGUGUCAGCGAGAGAGGCGACUGGGAGUGCUACCCACAUGACCCCACUGUAUGGCAUCAUCCUGUAACCUGGCAGCCAUCCAAGGAGGGGGACCAUCUGAUUGGACGAAUCACCCUCAGCAAGAGGAGCGCCACCAUGCCUAAAGAAGCCGGAGCUUUGCUGGGGUUAAAGGUGGUGGGAGGCAGAAUAACAGAGUCAGGGAGAUUAGGUGCCUUCAUCACUAAAGUCAAGAAGGGAAGCCUGGCUGAUGUGGUGGGACAUCUCAGAGCAGGGGAUGAAGUUCUGCAGUGGAAUGGGAAGCUGUUACCGGGGGCGACCAUGAAGGAAGUUUACAACAUCAUCCUGGAGUCUCAAGCGGAGCCUCAGGUUGAGCUAGUGGUAUCCAGGCCUAUUGGGGUUUAUAGAAAAUAUCAUGAUAUCCCAAGAAUCCCCGACACGUCCCACCCUCCAUUAGAAUCUACAGGUUCCAGUUCUUUUGAGUCCCAGAAGAUGGACAGACCAUCUUUACAUGUCCUGUCUCCCUCCAGCCCUGGGAUGCUCCAAGACGCUCCACAGUUAUUGCCCGGGCAGCUCUCAGUGAAACUUUGGUACGACAAAGCGGGUCAUCAGCUAAUAGUCAACGUGAUGCAGGCUGCGGAGCUUCCUCUUCGGCCUGACGGGCGGCCCAGGAGCGCCUACGUUAAAAUGUACUUUCUUCCUGAUCGCAGUGACAAGAGCAAACGAAGGACAAAAACUAUGAAGAGGACCUGUGAGCCCAAGUGGAACCAGACGUUUGUCUACUCUCAUGUCCAUCGCAGGGACUUCAGGAACCACAUGCUCGAGCUGACGAUAUGGGACCAACCCAGGUCACCGGACGAGGACAGCACCUUUAUGGGAGAGGUCCUGAUAGAGCUAGAGACGGCCUUACUGGACGACAAGCCUCACUGGUAUCCACUCCAAACCCACGAUGUCUCAUCCAUCCCACUGCCCCAGCCCUCCCCGUACCUGCCCCGACGGCACACAGACGUCCCUGGAAAGAAGCUGCAGCCAGCUGAGGGGCGUGGCAGGGAGAGGCAGCGGGAGUCAGCGUCUACCCUGGAGGUGCCGGACCAGCAGAGGAUGCCCCCCCAUCACAUACGCUCCCGCUCGGUGUCCCCGCACCGUGAGGAGCAGGGACGCAUCCGAUCACGGCCCCCCAACGUUCCCGCCCAGAGGAGUCUGGAUGAUGAGCUUCCUCACACUCGUCGUUCUCGUUCUCCGACCCGUCACUACGACUCUGCCAGAGGUCGCCACCAGCAGGAGGAGUACCUGGAUGACAGUGAGGUCAUCAUGAUCCACCAGUCAAUGCGAGGCAAAAGUGCUGAGUGCCUCCACACCAGAAGAUCUACUAGGCACAAUAACACACUGCCACCUAGGAUGCCCCUUAUGUUCAACGGUAUCCACAAACGCACCAACAGUGAUCUGCAGCCUUCUCUGGACAGGGUUAGGAGCGCUAGCGCCAACUGUCUGACUCCAGACAAUCAUGCCCCCUCACCAGAGACUGAAAGAAAAUCGUUUUCCCAUUCCCUGCCCCGGAGACGUCCAGCGAGUCCCAGGAUUCUUAUCCAACAUGCUUCCCCUGAAGAUGACAGGCAGCCUCGGACCCUGGAGACACCUGAGUGUAACACUCUUGGCAGGAAUCUCCCUACCAGUGGCAGGGGGCAUCUCCAAGGUGGUGCGUCUCUCUCCUCCUCAGUGACGUCCUCCUCAGCCCGCAGAGUACGGCAGCUCCCACAGCUUCCCCCUAAGAGCAGCAGCGUAGAACAAGCCCUGGUAGCAGAGGAGUGUGUUCGACAGCUCCAUAUGAGGGUUCAUUCCAACCGGGUGUCAGCUGCCACCACCUCCAGCCAACAGGACCUGGACCGAUCCCUCAAGAACAAACGGGAGCUCUACAAGGACCAGAGGAGGAGCAGUGAGAACAUUUCCCAUAAGUCCUCAGACAGUGAUGUCAGCGACGUGUCAGCCAUCUCUCGAACCAGCAGUGCCUCUCGCAUCAGUAGCACCAGCUACAUGUCCAUCCAGUCAGAGAGACCGCGGGGACGCUUCAGCAGGGCCAUGCGGGCAACGGGCCGCAACAUGAUGAAGAGCACCAGCGUGAGCGGAGAGAUCUACGGCAUGGACCACGCAGACGGCAGCCAAUCAGACACGGCGCUCGGGAGCCUGGGGAGUGGGCUCAAGAAGCGGCGCUCGAGCCUCAGCCAACGUGUUGUCGCCAUCCUGCCAUCGAGACGCAGCCGCAGCACCUCGCAGCUCAGCCAGACAGAGGCGGCGGGUAAGGCGGUGGAAAGACAGAAAGCUCCAGCAGGGAAAAAGGUGGGUAAGGGCGCCAGCAGCAGCAUCCAGAGGAGCGUGGAGACAGGCAUGGCGGUGGAGUACCCGCGGGGGGGGUCCACCAUGAACCGGCAGGCCAGCAGAGAGUCCACUGACGGCAGCAUGAACAGCUACAGCUCCGAGGGGAAUCUGAUAUUCUCAGGUAUGCGGUUGGGGGCCGACAGUCAGUUCAGUGACUUCCUGGACGGGUUAGGCCCCGGUCAGCUGGUGGGCCGACAAACACUGGCCACGCCUGCCAUGGGUGAUGUUCAGAUCGGUCUGAUGGAUAAGAAAGGCCAGCUGGAGGUCGAGGUGAUCAGGGCACGAGGCCUUACCUCCAAAGCAGGCUCCAAAUCCCUCCCAGCUCCCUAUGUCAAGGUUUACCUGCUGGAUAAUGGAACUUGUAAAGCCAAAAAGAAAACUAAGAUUGCACGAAAGACCCUGGAGCCGCUCUACCAGCAGCACUUGCUCUUUGAGGAGAGUCCCCAGGGCAGGGUGCUUCAGGUGAUAGUUUGGGGAGACUAUGGACGAAUGGACCACAAAUGUUUUAUGGGUGUAGCACAGAUCCUAUUGGAGGAGCUGGACCUCUCCAGCACGGUGAUCAGCUGGUACAAACUGUUUCCGCCGUCCUCAUUGGUGGACCCUACAUUAGCUCCGCUCAACCGGCUGGCAUCUCAGACGUCAUUGGACAUCUCAGGACCGCCACCGGGCGUUCGGUCCUAGUGACCGAGUGGUGACCCCCC